UGUUCUCGAAAGGAAAGGAGUUGUUUUGCCAUUCUUAACGGGUCAGCCCCAGGUAUGUUGAUACUGGGGUCUUAAAAAAAACACGGCUUCUCUUUUCAUCCCAAAUCGUCCGUGGAUGUUGGCCUUCUCUCGUCUGUUCUUGUCUCUUUUUCGAUUGCCUGGCGUCGCUCUUUUUGCUUGCGUUGCAUCUGUUUGCGUCGUUGGGUUCACUCGGGAGACUUGGUCUGAAGGGUUGCUAUACAGAUAAAAGAAGAGGAUAUGAUGGGUUUCUUCAAGAAGGCAUUCGGCCUGGCUGCCGGUCUGGCUAUGCUGUCGAUAGCAUAUGCGAAGCUUGAUCUCAACUCCAACUCCACGGUUGCGGUGUACUGGGGGCAGAAUUCCUUUCGAGGAUCUGGUGAUCUUGCACAGCAACGUCUGUCCUAUUAUUGCAAUGAUUCUAACAUCGAUGUUCUCAUCCUCGCCUUCGUGAUGCGAGUGAAUGGCAUGGGAGGCGCCCCAGAGGUUGACUUUUCCACGGCCAGUGAGAAGUGCGACACAUUCCCAGGCACAAACCUCAAGAACUGUCCUGAGAUUGGCGCGGAUAUCACAACAUGCCAACAAAAAGGCAAGACCAUCAUCCUCUCCAUUGGCGGCGCAACCUAUAGCGAAGGAGGCUUUCAAUCGCAGUCGGCUGCUGAAGCUGGCGCCGACCUCAUCUGGGCGACUUUCGGCCCCAACACAAACAGCAGUGCGCACCGCCCCUUUGGCGAUGCCGCCGUCAACGGCUUCGACUUCGACUUCGAAGCCGGCGUCUCAAACAUGGCGCCCUUCGCAUCCCGCCUGCGCACCCUCGGAGACGCUGGUCCUAACAAGCCCUUCUUCCUCACUGCGGCACCGCAAUGCCCCUACCCCGAUGCCGCGGACAAGGACAUCCUCAACGGCCCCGUCUCCGUCGAUGCCGUCUGGGUGCAAUUCUACAACAACUACUGCGGCGUGAACGCCUACGUCGCGGGGCAGCAGCAGCAAAACAACUUCAACUUCGAGCAGUGGGAUAACUGGGCCAAGACCGUGUCGCAGAACAAACAGGCCAAGGUUUAUCUGGGGGUUGCUGCGAAUACGGGUGCCGCCAGCACAGGAUACCUCCCGAUUGCGCAGCUGGACCCGGUGAUUGCCUUCAGCCAGCAAUUUAGUAGCUUUGGUGGUGUGAUGAUGUGGGAUGUUACGCAAGCUUAUGGCAACUCGGGGUUUUUGGAUGGUCUUCACCAAGCCCUAGGAAAGACUCCGACGCAGCACGCGCAGCUACAGCAGGAAUCUCAGCAACAAACCAACCAGCACCAGCACCAGCAACCACAAGACCAAGACCAAGAUGAAGAUGAAGAUGAAGAUGAACAAGAGCAACCCCAUCAGCAUAGACCCCUUAUCCCUUCAAUCUUCGAUUUGGACGACGAUCUGGACUGGAUUGGUAUCUAAUCGGCCCAGCGGAC